CAUGUUGUCGAUAUUUUGUGGGAUAGGCUAGGGAUCGUCUGGAGCCACCUGUGCAUUUUAUACAUAAGUUUUUGCAUUUGUUUUAAAUAAUCGCAGUCACAUGCCUCACAUUCAGUUAAUUUACUGUGUUUCUUGUUGGACAUGACUUUGGAAGAUCCGUUUUACGUCGUCAAAGAUGAGGUGUUCAAAGCGUUGAACAAGACAAGAGGUCUAUACCUCCGCUGGCAGGAGAUUUCUAAGACACCAACAUUCCCUAAUAGCCCUGAACUAGAAUGGACAUCCACCGAGCUAAGAAAUGCUUUACGUAGCAUUGAAUGGGACUUAGAAGACCUGGAAGAUACUAUCAGUAUAGUAGAGAAGAAUUCUUCAAAAUUCAAGAUCGACAAUAAAGAAAUCUGUGAAAGGAGAAGUUUCAUUGAAGCUACAAAGCAGGAAGUAAAGGUUAUGAAAGAAAAGAUGAGUCUAAACAGGAAUCGUGAUAAUGAUGGUACGGCGAGGGAGCCUCUGCUUGGCGAAGAAAGUCCAAUGCAUUUUGGUAACUACUGGAUGUCCACGCCCAAAUAUUCUAAAUACUCCAAACUCGCGAACCAGACAGACAGCCCCAACAGAUUUGAUACCUACGACACUGAUAUAAUGUCUAUGCAAGAGAAGAUGAUGAACUCUCAAAAUGACCAGCUGCAAGUUAUAAGCAAUUCUGUUGGUUCACUGAAGACUGUAUCGAAGCAAAUUGGUAUAGAGUUGGAUGAGCAGUCAGUGAUGCUGGAUGACUUAAAUACAGAACUUGAAAAUGCAGACUCAAAGCUGGAUUCGACAAUCAAGAAAGUUGCUAAGGUCUUACAUAUGAAUAAUGAUCGGCGGCAGUGGUUCGCUAUUGGCAUUCUACUGGGCCUUCUAGUCCUUAUUUUAAUUUUGUUCGUCAUAAUUUGAACACGAACAUUGUGUAGGUAAGCCAUGUAUCAUACCAACGGUAUAUUCUUGUAAAAAAACUUAAAGAUAGCUGGUCUGUAUUUCUUAUCAAUAAUCUGCAAAAAUAUUAUGUUAAGUGUUUUACUAGAGUUUAGCUUUCUAAUCCGAUAUCAAAGCCUAGGAAUUAUUUAAUUUAUAUUAUACAGUGAAUUUAUCAUAUUUUAUAUACUUGAUUAAUAUUGAGUUGUACAUAAUAAUUGUAUAUAGUUUUCAAUGUUUUUAAUUAUUUCACAACAGUAAUUAUUUAGCUUAUUAAAACUUCUUAUCAAAGUCCAUAAUUUAUAUAACUAAUGAUUUCUAAAUGCAAUUUUAAUUUCAUAUUUGCUUUUGUAUUGACUGCAAUUUAUUAGCUUUAAAAUACAUUUACGUUAAAGAUUUAUUGUCAUCUCAUCUUGUAACACUGUGUAGGAACUGUAAAUCUGUUGAAUUAUUCUAGAAUCUUCUUCCCAAUUAAAACUAGUCAUUCUCCAUGUCUCUACAGUAUUUCUACGAAUGUCAUUUAUUACCAGCACCAGUAUUUUGAAUGAAUUGUCGAUGUUUCACGUUUUGAUAACUCAUAAAUUCACUGAGAUCUCAAGAAAACUAUGUGUUUCUGUGUUAUCUAUAUUUUCGUGUAUUAACUUUUUUAAGGGGUUUCCUUAAAUAUAUAUAGUUAAAUAUACAGUAGUCAUAUUAUCUAUAUAUUUUGCCAUAUACAAAAUAACCACAACAUUGACAACUCAAAUAGAAAAGAAUAAUAAUAAAUCUUUAGAAUGAGUUUAUCUAGUGCAGUCAUGGUAGAACGAGUGUCCGUACCGCGAGUACUAAAAUAACUAAACGUUAGCACAACAAACAAACAAAAUAUGGCUAGCAUAAAAAAGUGCGUGGACGUACGACGUCACCUUUAGUGGUUACUAUUAAACUUGUGAGUGGCCGAUAUAAAGUUCGGUUUCACCUAAAUUGCGACCUAAGUUUUGGAUUCGCCUAAAAAUUAGUAGAUACAUUUAAACUAUAUUAUGUCCAACAUGAACACCGUCUUCGACAAUGCUCAGCUUUUCAUACGUACGCACUAAAUUAAAUACCUAACUAAUUAAGAUAAACAUAGUUUAUGAGACGAAUUUUGUCGACGUUUUCACAAAAUUUCAAAAUAUUAUGUACAAUUUAAUGAGUUUCAUUAUUUUGGGAAUUUGGGCUGGUGUCUAAAAACACACCUAUGUAUAUUAUAUUACAUUAUACAAUCUUAUAUUUAAAGGUUAAAUCAUCUAUUUGCAGUCUAAAAAUAUACAAUAUUUUGAUCAUGUAAAACUUAGUAUAGUUAGAUAUAUUCAUAUUAUAAAUUUGCUUUAUACCAAGGUCAUGGAACAAUGUUCACCAUUAGACAAUUUAGCGAAAUAUUCCUUGUACCUAUAUGUAAAUUUUGAGUGAAUUUUCACGGGUUUGAUGUUGUCGUCGAUGUUAGUUGAUUUAGUUGACUAAAUAUAAUGAUUAGUCAUAGAAAAUUUAGAUUUAAUUAGAUUUAUAAAAUAUAUAUAUGACAAAAUGGCCAGCUGGCCCAUUGAAUGCCCAAUCAAGGGGAAUACCAUAAAACGAUUAGCUUUUGGACUGUGUUAAAGGUAAUUAAUUGAUUGCUAAGGCAUUAACCAAACAAGAUAAUUGAAGACACUUUAAUUGUUCAAUGCAAUUUCACAUCACUGUCAUAGAUGUUCCAUGUAAAUGACAUGGAACACUAGAUAAAGUAUUGUCACGAUAUUAAGAAAAAGGUAGGAAAAAGGAAAAUUUUGCCUUGCCUUGUAGAUAAGCUAAUUGUUAUAGAAUAGGGACGUGUAUUGAAAAUCAAUAUUUUCUAUGACUAUUCAAAUAUUUCUUCGUUCAAACAAAACACACUUAAAAAACCAUUAAAAUACAAAUUUUUAUGGUUUUUUUUUAUAGCGAGAUGUUUUUACAAAAUAAAGAGAUUAGUGGUUGCAUUAGCAGUUCAUGUUAAUGUAGUUUUCGCAAUUUAAAGCGUCUUCAAACGUGUUUAUUUUUAUGUAAGUAAUGCUUGUAGUAAACUUUCGUAGCUCUGAUUUUAACGAAGAAACACAUCACCUACUUAUUGCCGAUACAAAUGCUUUAUUUAAACUAAAAUAAAGCUUGGAUAUACGUUAUUUAUUAAAAUUAGUGAAAUUUUAAUUAUUGGAUUAUAAACAUGUAUCAGUUUUCACUUCAAUGGUUUUAUAAUAACAGAUAGCUACAAAAUAUUAACUUGUAAAAUAUUGUAGACUGUUUGACGUCAUUAUUAUUGUUUAAAAUGAUAGAAAGUAAGAUUUAUAUCGAUCAAUAUAGCGCAAUAUCAACAUUAUUUGGUAAUCGAUGACUUUGUUACAAAAUUGAUCAAUUUUGUAAAAAGUAUGUUAAUAAUACUGUUGAGUAUGUAUCCGACGAUAUGUGUAUACUGUUGACUGUGUAACCGCCAAACGAUGCUGUUUUGCCUUAUGUAAGGUGUAUGUAUGAAAAAUCACAAAUCUUUAUUUUAUCUGUGCAAUUUAGGAGAAUAUAGUCAUGAACCCGCCUAAUCUCUAUUCUCUAUGGAUUCCUUUAAUUUGCUACGAUUUUAUUUAUCACACAACUUAAAAGUGAACAAUUGGAUUUAAAUCCCAUUGUUCACUUUUUUGUUGGCCAAAUCUUCGGACCAAAUACAUGAGAGUCGUUACUUCUUUAUUCUUCAUUCCAAACUUUAAUAUUGGGCAAUAGCCAUUCUAAAUAUUAUGUCGUGUUUUAGUGACUAUCCCUGUUAUCCAUAAUUACAGUAUGUUUUGCCUCUUUCUGUCAAUUUCAAAUAUUAUAAAGUGCUAUAGUGACAAAGCAUAUUUAUCUUAAAGUAUGUUUUAACUUUGGAGUAAUAUACGAAGGUGGUAUCAGUUUUGUAACUUUGCAUACUAAUUGUUGUUAUUUGACUAAAUAUUAUGUGCACGCACAAGUCCUUAUAAGUCCUAAAUUGUAUAUGCUAUACAAAUUGAAGGCCUGGCGGCUUACCAUCAUCUCUUAACGCGAUCCACUUUACGACCUAAACUGAACUGCAUCGCAAAUUCGUACCAUCGACUUAAUUUUUAGUAUGAAUGUGAUUCAUUUUAGGUGCCUAAAUUGAACUGAGUUGUUUUGGAAUCGUUCUGUAAAAGUUGAUAGUAGGUAGUAUAAGCUGCUGUACUAAUAAAAUAUAAUUUAUUGUGAAAGCAUAUUUAGAACUAUCAAGUCAGUUACUGCUAGAAAAGACGAGAGACAUGUUUCCGCAUCCAACAUAAAUUUUCAUUAAAUUAGUACGUAAUGCCUAAUUAUACUUAUAUAACAGUUUUGUCGUUAGUAUGGUUAACUAUAAUGGUGGGAGCGAGUUGUAUUAAAUCAGUUUUUAUUAGCCCAAAUAGUGGUAGGCUUAGCAAUGUAUUUUUGUAUUAAUCAUGUUACUGUAGUAGGCUGUGAAUUAACUAGCGUCACUAAGGCUUUACUUAGUAGCACACUAGCGCCGCCAUUACACUUAACAAUUUCUUUUAAUUAUUAGCGAAAAAUAAAAAAAAUAUCUUGUCAAAUUCCUACACUAGAUAAAGGAUUUUGUUAGAAAGUAUUAUCACAAUAUAGACAGUUGACUAAACUUUAACGGUGGCCGUUAAGCGACUGUCUAUAUUUUGUAAUGGAAAACUAAAUACUUUCCAAUAAAAAGUUUUUGUGGCGCUAGUGUGAGCGUUUGAAGUCAAGUGGGAGAUGACGGACGUUUGAUAUGAUUGCCAGCAUGCAUUGCGAAUCACUUUGGCGAACUUUGGGAGGCUCAUUUUAAAUAAUAUAAGUAGGCUAUUUGACAUUUAAUAAGAUAUAAUACAUGAUAAUUUAAAAUUUAUUGUAACUUACGUUAAAAUGCAUUAUUAGUCAAAAUAUUUUUUAUUAUUAAAUAUAACUUUUACAUUGUAUUAUGUUCUAGGUAUAUAAAUAUAACACAAAGGGAGUGGGGCAAAUGUCAUUAAAUUACAUCGUUUACAAUACGGCACAUAAGCUCAACCAAAAUGGCGGCCGUCAGCGCAGGUUUAACUAUAGAUAAAAAAUGAUUGUAAAACGUGGACGUGGUUAAAAUAAACACCCACAAAAAUCCUUUAAAAUAUUUUGUAUCUAAUUAACUUGUGUGCCGAGGAUUGUACAUGGGGCGACUGAAUUGACCGUAAUAUGCAUUUUAAUGGUUUUAUAUCUUGGAAAAUUUCGGGGUUCAUUAAAUGAUUUUUUACAAGUGUCUAUGUCUAUAUUAUGAUGAUUCUAAGUAAAAGUUUUGCAAAACAAACUUUACUCAAAUAGCCUAUUUGUCUCAAUAAGUGAGAAACCAAAUGAAAUAAAAUCUGGUUAGAUAAUGCAAAAGUGGUGUUAAAAUUAGUUGUCCUUCUUGGCCUAAAUGGCUAACUAAGGGGAAAAUAAAACAAUUAUACUUAUUUUUACAUUCAUCUACUUAGUUACUUACUUGUUAUGUGGUAUUAUUUAAAGUGCAAUAAAAUUGUAUGAUUGCACCUGUUUGUUUACAUUAAUAUAAAUUUAUUGAGGGUUCUACAACCAAUUUAUGACGGUAAUUAUAAGCACAAUGUGAAUUUCGAUCUCAGACUUGAGCGCGGCCCCGUUGCUCAGUCGUGUUCCGUUGUUCUGACAUCAAUCGAUGGACAAAGCAACGAAAUCAUAUGGAAAUUGCCGUACGUCAACACACAUCAUUAUCUAAACUUAUGGAAAACAACGGAGCACUUUUGAGCGACACGAUAUGAAUGGAGACUUGUUUUAAGUUCCAUUAGAUUUCGGUACUUACAUUCUACUGCGGAACACAAUUCUCGGGAGUGGAACCACUGUAUUUAUUAAAAGGCUAAAAAUACCGUUCUAUAGACUCUUCUAUUUUAUAAUAUUUUUGUCUACGAGUUUAGCUGUCUUUCCAAGUCUAUGUGUUAUGUCAUAAAAUUUAAUAAAAGAUUUAUUUUACACAUUAUUAUGACACUUUAAUAAAGCUUUCUCCUUUUCAUGUGAAAAUACAACUACACGCUUUCUACCUACUUUUUAACAUAACAUAAUUCUUUUACAUUAUUAAGUUUGUUUUUUUCUUACGAGACCUAAACAUGUAAACAAUCUUCACUGUACUUAUUUACAUAAAAUAUUUUGAUGAAAAUAAAUCUGAUUUUAGACAUUUGUAAAGCAAAACUGUUAUUAACCAUAAAAUAAUUUCCUAAAACGUCUAAUUUAAUUUAUAUUGCUGUCGAAUGU